CCAAUUGCCGACUGAACCAAAAGCUGCAGAACAUUCCGGAUAGUGCGUCGUAGAGACCAGACUGUAUUUUUAAGUUUACGAAACCAACUGCUUCAAACGCUUCUUAAUAGGUGUUUAUUUACUUUUUAAAUCGUCGGAAAGUUAUGUCUAUGGCCAUCGCAGUUUUCAAAUAUGGAAGGGUUGUGGUUGAGAGAGCAGUGAAUGUCCGCGCAUUCCUUAGUAAGAAUUCUUGCCCCACCUUAGCCCGAGGGAUUUCAUCAACCAGAGGAAGAGAGAAUUUGGCUGCAGUAGCAGAGAGGAGUGUUCAGCAGCUCGCCGCAUGGGACAGUUUUGGAAUCUGGUUAGAUGAGCCUGUUGUUCUUCCGCCUCGUUCAGUAGAUGCCAGCCACAAGAUAAAAACUGACAUUCCCAAUGUUGGCUGUGCAAGUCAGAUUGGAAAAAGAAAAGAGAACGAAGAUCGUUACUGCAUUGGAAAGCUGUCCGACAGCAUUUAUUUCUUCUCGGUGUUCGAUGGCCAUGGCGGAGAUGCCGCCGCAGAGUUUUGCUCCAGGAAUCUACGUCACUUCAUUAAGAGAAACCUUCAGUUGGACUCUGAUCUUGAAUCAGUUCUAGUGAAGUCCUUCCUUCAAAUCGACAGUGCCUUCAUGCAGAGCAUUUACAGUUCAGGAGAAGGUGAGAUUUCAAAUGAAAUGCUGUUUUAAACUGGCUGUGAAAUUGCUUUGCAUAUACAGCAGUAUGGGUUUCACACAGGGUGUGGCACAUAUUCAACUUUUGCUGUACAAUUUAUUUUAAAUUUACUGUGUGAAACUAAUGCUUGUUAGAGGGGACAUUAAUUGCAAAGCAAAUUGGUUGAGAUUUUUACUGGUUUGCUUUGUUUGGAAAACAGGCUGUAAAUGAUUAGGUUAGACAAUGACCAAUAACUGGUCAAACUGUAAUGCAUUAAGAUACAGUAUACAGCUCAUUAGUAAUUGGUUUCUUCUGAACACAUGAUCUGCCAUUGUGUUUCUAAAAUGUUUGUUGGGUAAUUUUCUGGAGGGGAGUGGGUAGUGGUAAUCCAUAGGGGUGAGACGAUACACCAAGAUCAUGAUACGAUACUUAUGAAAAACUCAUCUCUUCUUGACAGACUUGAAAAUAUUUCAGAUCAGUACACAGAUUCAGAAGAAAAUCAAUUAUAUUUAUUUCCCACGAAGUAGUAUAGUACUUGUUUGAGUUUAAAGACAAAGCAGUAUGUCAGCUAGAGUUUCUGGGAUAUCAGAUUUAAAUUAAUUAACCAAAUCUCCUUACCACAUUUGAGAGAGGAGAAAAAUACUAAGCAGUGUGUUUGAUAACUAUUAAAGUAAAAACUUUGUGUUGCUUUAGAAAAAUCUAAAUAUCAGGUCUUUCAGCAUUAAGUUUUGAAGUUAAUUUAUUUUAAAUGUACAUCAGUGUUUUUGGUUGCAUCAUAUUUUAACUCAAUAUGGUGUUGUUGUUAUUAUUAUUAUUGUUGUUAUACCAUACAUUUUAUCACACAAGUAUUUGUAUUUUUCAAGUUAAGGUAGAAUAUAUAAUUAUGUUGUAUACUAUUCUAUACUGUGCUGC